AUGUGGAGCGGUAAGAAGGGCAGCGGCAAAGGCAAAGGGUCCAAGGGCAAGACUCCGGCUUGGGCUUCGGACGGUUGGGCGUCCUCGUGGUCGGCCUACAACGAACCUUGGAAUGCCAAUCGAGAGUCGCCUCAGGAAUCUUAUGCCUGGGGGUCUUGGGGCAGCGAUGGCAAGGGAGGCAAAGACGACGGCAAGGGCAAGACCAAAGAGUAUGUGCCUCGGCUCGAGGGACGCUACGCCUUGGCGAAGGCCGUGCUGCGUCCAUACGCGGACGAGCAUGGCAAGGCCGUCUACGCUAGCACCUCUGUCAAGGACCUGUUCGGCAAGGACAGCAUGCGUCAAGUCCUGGACUCGCGCAACUGCGAGCUAGUUCGACGCCCUUCUGUAGGUCUCUCCACCAUAUCCGGAUCGGCGCGAGCCCUCUCCAAUUGUCUAGACACCUACUUGGAGGAAGGCGAAGGAACGCCCUCUGCGGUGUUGGGGCGAUUUGCGGAGUUCUUCCAGACUGCUGAAGCAAAAGCCUUCAUUGCAGCUUGCGAGGUUUUGGUGAAAGAGCGCACCUCGGAGACGAGCAAGGCUAAGCUGGAGGAUGCGCUCCAGACAUGGUGUAUGUUCUACCGCACACACAAGGCUGUGAUUUCCAAGAUGCUUCCAGAGGUUCUCGCCUUUGUGAGCACAGUCUACCUUGGAGGCAUCCAAAUGCUCGAGGCUGUGACCAUGUGCAACGCCCUCUCCAAUUGGGCGCACAAGAUACCGACUACGACGUCGAAUGCUGCCACGCUGGGCUCGUGGCAAUCCUCCCCGAAAGACCUCGGCCUCAUGAAGAAAUUCUUGAUGGAAUCGUUGCGCCAGAGACACGAGGACAGCGCAGGUUGGCAUCGUAAGGGCCUUCAAGGAGGCGACAGCGACGACGAAGAGGAAGCCUGGGGCGUCAAGAUGUCAAAAAGGCCCGCGCCCAGUUCUUCGGAGUCCUCAAACAGCUCGGAGAAGGCGCGCAAGAAAGCCAAGAAGGAAGCAAAGAAGCAUGCCAAGAAGGAGCGAAAGACGGCGGAGCGCGAGAAGAAAGAGCCUGAGCGAGAGGGUGCGACUGGAGCGGAACUUGGUCGGGAGGACGCCUCGGCCGUGGAGGAAGAGAAGUGA